CUGUCCAUUGAGGAGAAACAGGAAUGUUCCAGGGUCCCUGAAGGCAGCACCAGUGGGUCACACCUGGUCUUAAGCAGCUGUUGGGGCUGUUUCACAGGCUCUGAGGAGGAGCAGUGUCAUAGUCUGCCCUCACUGUGGAGCAGACUGUCUCCUGGUGUCCACCAUGAAGCUUCCAGGACUUCCAGCUGUGGUUUUAUUCCUCUGCAUCGUCCAGGAAAUCUGUGGGUCUCAUCCCAAACCGUCCUGUCAUUAUCCUCCAUCUCAGUGGUGCAGGUCUUUGGAAAUAGCCAUACAAUGUAAGGUCCAGAAACAGUGCAUGGAGCUGUGGUCCGUCAGACCGGAGCCGGCCGCUCCUCCGGUGUCCGUCUCUCUGUACUAUGAGAGUCUGUGUCCGGCCUGCAGGUCCUUCCUCACACAGCAGCUCUUCCCCACGUGGACGAUGCUCCAGGACAUCAUGACCGUCACUCUGGUCCCCUAUGGAAACGCCAAGGAAAUUCCAUCUGCAAACUCUCCGUUCACCUGUCAACACGGAGCGCUGGAGUGCACAGGAAACAUGAUCGAGGCCUGUGUCCUCCAUCUGACACACCCGUCCACAGCCUUUCACAUCAUCUACUGCAUGGAAUCUGCUGUGGACGUCAUCGCCGCCGCUGAGCCUUGUCUCCGCCUCCAUGACCCUGGAGUGUCCUGGUCCAGCGUCCAGUCCUGUGUGAAUGGAACUGUGGGAAAGCGGCUCAUGCACCGCCACGCCGCCAUGACCAGAGCCCUGGACCCGGGUCACACCUACGUACCCUGGGUCACCGUGGACGGGGAGUACACCAAACAGACGGAGGACCAGGCCUUGUCCUCUCUGUUCCAGCUGGUUUGUCAACUUUAUAAGGGGGUGAAGCCUCCGACCUGCACUGGAGCCCCCGUCAGACUCAACAGAGGGUUCUGCUGAACACAAAUCUAUCAAAUAUGUGCACAUUUAAGAAGUCUGUGUCCA